AUGGCUAUGGAGAACAGUGGCCUGGGAGACACUGUGGCUAUAGAGCAAGCUGACCAUAGACUCUUGGUUUUUCACGACGUAAAUGAACAUACAUCACUAGACAAUGAUCUUGACAAGAUACGACUACUACUCGACCAGGAAAUUGAAGCCUUGCUUGCUCGGGUACACCACCUUCGUGAACGGCGCAACAACCUCGCACCCAUCUCCCGGCUUCCCCCGGAAAUCCUCUCCACCAUCUUCCGAUACAGCAUGAUCAACCUCCGAAGACCCUUCCCUUCGAGCCACUCAUUCUCACACGUGUGUCAGCGAUUCAGGGAUGUCGCGCUCGACUGUGCUGGACUAUGGACACUUCUCCCUCGUACCACCGAGUGGCUCACUGAGUUGUUUUUGUCUCGGGCGAAAAUGCACGUGUUGUAUUGUUCAGACUCAAAACGCCUCGCAUUACCGAUAUUUCAGUCCGCAGUGGCCUCGCUCGGCCAUUUAUCGCGUGUCCGGGAAAUCAAGUUGGAUCACAGCUUGAGCCACAGAAACUUGGUCGAUCAUCUCUCGUCCCCUGCGCCACAACUCGUCUCGUGCUCGCUGAAGUACUCGGACCAGCGCCUCGAACUCCUGACGAACUUCUUAGGAUUAUAUGCGCCUCAACUCCGUCAACUGAGUCUCACCCGCUUAAUCUUCAAGUGGGCUAUGCUACCCUGCCAAUCCUUGGUUCGAAACUUGACGGACCUUCAAUUAAGACGUUUGGUUCCCAACACUACUUUCCCAACGGGACCCCAGCUGGCCGAUGCCGUCCGAUCGAUGCCUUCGCUUCAGAAACUUGUGGUGGUGCAGUCCGACCAUGCAGACUACAACGAUGACUGGCGUCCGGCUUCUGCAGAACCUCCUUGUGAUGUUGUUGUGUUGCACCGAUUGACGAGCCUGGAAUUGUAUGGCUCGACGAACCGAGUCUGGAACGUGCUGCAAUAUAUACGUGCUCCAUCCUUGGUCAAGAUAUCAUUGGGCUCCCGAUUCUGCGGCACAGAGUCACCGGACCCGCCACCCUUGACCGACCUUCUUCAUGAUCAACAGACAUGUCGGGAAGAUGGCCCCCCUGCCUUUUGGCUCGUCGUGCCCUGGAAUGACCCCGAAUGCGUCGAAUACGACCUCAUAGCGUAUUCGGACCGUACCAACGAGUGCAACGAACUGGACGAGCGACUGCUCGACCUUGAAGUGUUGCGUUCUCCUGGUCAGAUCCUCCCACAGGCUAUCAUUGACGAGAUCCUACUCGACCAGCUUCACACCGCCUUGACGUACCUCCCAUAG